AUGGCUCAAAAGAUCGAAGAAAAACAGCAAUUCGAAUAUGGUGCUGAUGACAAGCACACCGAGGCUCAAUUGACUCCAGAUGUUGAAAGCAAGAACUCGAAAGAGCUCAAAAGCGGUGAUGGUGGCCUCUCGAAUGAUGAUGUUGUCCUCCAAUAUGAUAAGCACGAGGCUCGACGCAUUCUGCGCAAGAUCGAUUACCGACUUAUUCCACUACUCGGACUUCUCUAUCUACUUGCCUACCUCGAUCGAAGCAAUAUCGGCAAUGCCCGCAUCGCCGGAAUGUACGAAGACCUUGAGCUGUACGGCCUAAGAUACAACACUGCUUUGACAGUGUUCUUCGUCCCGUACGCCCUUUUUGAAGUCCCUAGCAAUAUCGUUCUGAAGAUGAUUCGACCAUCAAUUUGGAUCUCGAUUUUGUGCUUCUCCUGGGGUCUGGUGAUGACCUUGAUGGGCCUUGUGACCUCAUAUGAAGGAUUGAUUGCUGCCCGUAUCUUUCUCGGUGUGACCGAAGCAGGCUUCUUUCCUGCCGCAACAUACCUUCUCACGAUCUGGUACCAGAGAUAUGAGGUUCAAAGUCGUAUGGCAAUCUUCUACGCCGCCGCUUCGCUUUCAGGGGCAUUUUCUGGACUUCUUGCUUUCGCGAUUGAGAAGAUGGACGGAAUCGCUGGCCUCGCUGGAUGGAAAUGGAUCUUCAUAUUAGAGGGCCUCGCACCCGUUGCAGUCUCGUUCUCACUCUAUUUCCUCCUCCCUGACAGUCCUGAGACCGCCAAAUUCCUCACCAAGGAGGAACGAGAGUUUGUGGUCAAUCGAAUCGCACUUCAAACAGGAACAGGCCACGGCCGUGUCACCAACUCGGACAAGAUCACUAUGGCUCAAAUCAAGUCAGCUUUCGGUGAUUGGAGAAUCUGGAUGGCCAUCCUUCCGUUCUGGGCCUGCAGCAUCGGUACCUAUGGUUUUACUGCAACGGUACCUGUUGUGGUGAAGCAACUUGGAUACACCUCUUCCCAUGCGCAGUUGAUGACGAUUCCUAUCUAUGUCGUGGCCAUGGUUUCCACCGUGAUUGUUGCUUUCUGGGCCGAUCAUGUGCAACAGAGAACCCCAUUCAUCAUUGGUGGGUUUUCAAUCGGCGUCAUUGGAUUCAUUGCCGAGCUGGCAAUUCCUCAUCCAAAGUAUCCCGGUGUCACGUACUUCUUCCUGUUUUUGGUUGCAACCGGACUCUAUUGCCCGUUCACCUGCAUCGUCACGCUUAUUGCCAACAACCUUGCACCAUCCUCGAAGCGUGCAGUUGGUAUGGCCCUCCUCAUCAGUGUGGGCAACAUGGGAGGAAUCUGUGGUAGCAACAUCUAUCUGGCAAAGCAGGCACCAAAAUAUCCAGUCGGAUUUGGCGUUGGCCUCACUACCUGUGUUCUGGGUAUAAUCGCCGCCUUUGUUCUACGCAGAGAAUACAGCCGCCAGAACCAGUUGCGAGACGCUCUGAUUGCUCAAGAAGGAGCUGAGACUCUCAAGGCAAGGUAUACUGAUCAAGAGUUGCUAGAUUUGGGUGACAGGAGCCCAUUUUUCCGUUAUACUCUUUGA